CAGCUUGAUCUCAGAAAACUAAAUUCUCCUGACAGAUGGUGGAAGACUUUUCAGGGUUAAAAGGAAAAUACACUGUUGAAAGUAUACUGUCUGUUUAUAACUGGAUUCUGCUGUUGCAUCAUGCUUCCCAUAUUUGCUAAGAAACUCUUUAAAAAGUUAUAAGCAUCUCUAAAAUUAUUCCUUUGAUCUUCAAGGAUCUAUUGUCAGUCCUCCCAGAGAUCCUCUCUGCACCCCUAAUUACAUAACCAAGAAAAUUCAGUUUAGUCUGUGGUCAUGAGUAAUCUCAAGCACAGUAUUCCACAGCCUCCAGUGAUCAUCAUCCCACCCUUUGGGUUUUUUUCAGUCUACCCAGAUGCCAUGCCUUCUUCUGGGGCUCGGCACAGAGCAUCAGGUGAACCACUGUUUUGUACUGUAGUUGGUACGUUCCAGCAAGUAGAGGCAUAUCUCAGAGCCAGAUUUGGUGGAUUGAAAUCAUGUGUAUUCAGGAAUCUUGAGGUUUGGGGGAAUUUACGAGUUUGGUAAAUAGAACAACAGGUUUUAAAGUUAUGCUUCCGGUAAAAAAAGAGUGAAUAUCCAUUAGUAAAUGUCCUUUUCAGGGCCGUUCUCUUAGGCAAUUGAAUAUAGUCCCUGAGGUGAUACUGUGACCUCAUUGGUCUCAGUUAUGCUUAAUCAUAAUAAUAAUUAUUUAGACAAACACUGUUGCAGGAUACAUAAACAUUAAUGUCUCUGAAAGUAAUAUUGCAUAACAUCCCAGAUGCUAAUCCUGGAAAGCUAGUCAGUUUCUUUCUAUAUUCAUCUAUGUUUGAGAAAAGCUAUAGGAAAUGUUUGUAGGCUGGAAAAAAAGAUCUUAGUGAUCUAAAGAGUUUAUGCUACUUUUGUGGACACUGCCUGAUCACAGUCUGCACGUACCUGAGCAGGUGUGACAGGUCCAUGGUUAAUAAAUCAAGACAGACAGCUCUCGACAUUGCUAAAUUUUGGGGAUACAAGCACAUAGCUAAUUUGUUGGCUGAUGUGAAGGGUGGGGAGAGACCUAAUUUUCUGUCAAAUGAAGUGAAAGAAUAUGAAAACUAUUUUGGCUUGACACUUCUGGACAGAAGGAGUGAUAAAAGAACAGAUUCCAAGUGGCUAAGGAAGAAACAAAGCCAUCCAACUACAGUAUACAUCGUCUUUUCAAAUCUAAGUCCUUUGGUUACUUUGGGUGGGGGGACAGAGAGCUCCCAACAGCCACAAGUAAAGCUUUGCAGGCUGUACCACAAGGAUGUGGAGCAAGGCAUUAACCAAACUGAAGAAGGCACCUUGAUUUUUCUUGGAGUUGAACUUCCAUUCCACAUGAACCUGCUGGCUGCUGGCAAUGGAAAAGUUCUGCAAGAAGAUGAAGAGGAUGGGUUAGUUGCUUGGUUUGCUCUUAGUGUAGAUUCAGCUUCUGCUGAGAAAUUUAAACAGAUGCAUGAGGACUGUUACUUUCUUCAGCCCCCAAUGCCAGCACUACUGCAGCUACCUGAAAAAGAAGCUGGAGUAGUAGCCCAGGCUAGGUCUGUUCUAGCAUGGCACAACCGCUACCGAUUCUGCCCAACGUGUGGGAGUGCAACCAAGAUUGAAGAAGGGGGUUACAAGAGAACUUGCUUAAAAGAGGAUUGUCCCAGUCUCCAAGGGGUUCACAACACAUCAUAUCCAAGAGUUGAUCCUGUUGUGAUAAUGCAAGUCAUUCAUCCAGAUGGGAACCACUGCCUUUUAGGUAGGCAGAAGAGGUUUCCCCCAGGAAUGUUUACCUGUCUUGCUGGAUUUGUAGAACCUGGCGAAACAAUAGAAGAUGCUGUUCGAAGAGAAGUAGAAGAGGAGGCUGGAGUCAAAGUUGGCCAUGUUCAGUAUGUCUCUUCUCAGCCAUGGCCAAUGCCCUCCUCCCUAAUGAUUGGCUGCUUAGCUGUUGCAGUGUCUACAGAAAUUAAAGUUGACAAGAAUGAAAUAGAGGAUGCCCGCUGGUUCACUAGAGAACAGGUCGUGGAUGUUCUUAUUAAAGGAAAUCAGCGUUCGUUCUUUGUACCACCAAGUCGAGCUAUUGCACACCAGUUGAUAAAACAUUGGAUCGGAAUGAAUGCUAAUCUUUAAUUCAAAUUGAUUUCUUUAAGACAAAUUACUUAUUCUAGUGAAUGCUAAAUUAGGAAUAAGUUAGAAAGAAUUGUUUAUCUAGUAAAUAUGCAACCACGUGAAUUUUUGAGCCUUUCCUUUGGUUCCUGAGCUAAACUAUGCAAACCUUUGUAGGUUUAUUCAGGUCUGAGUUAGAACUGAACAACCAGCCAGUGAUUAACCCAAGCAAGCAAGCAACAGCUAGGUAAAAUUGGAACCUUGUGUGCACAGGCUGCUUUUAAAUUUUAGAUCAAACUAUUAUGCCUUUUGCUGUUAUGCUCUUAUAUGUUUGAUUUGGUCUUUCCUGUCCCCCAGUAUAAGGAGUCACAGCAUUAUUGGAAGGCCUGACCUCACCUGCUGUUUGAACUCUGUAUUUCACAGAGUCACAGGUUGGAAGGGACCUCAGGGAUCCCCGUAUUUACAUCCUCCUAUUUUGUCUUAAUUGUUCCUUUCUCAUUUUUUCCUAUUGCUGUUCUUUAAAUUCUGCUUGGCUCAAAAAUCAAAAUUCAGUGCUGAAAGUUGUAUCAACAAUGGUUAUUUUUAAGCUAAUAGCAUACAUAAAUGGUGAAUAUGUAGUCCUUUUUAUCUUUUACAUUCUUAGCCCUCUGAGCAGAGUAUUUACCCCUCCACACUGAUUUGGCCUGCACUUACCCAAUUGUACGUCAGCCUGAAUUUAAGGGUAUAACACAAUACUUUGUUUACGAAAAGGGUAUUGGAGAACCAUCCUAAAAAGCCUAAAUAUUAGAUAUUUUUGUGAGACAAUAAUGUACUUACUGACCCUAGGCAGUCAUUUAUUCCAUUCUCUGAUAAUUAGGAAUGGAACUGUAGAGUAACGGAGGAGAAAAGUAGAUAAAUUAAACAAGGCAUAAUAUCUCCAAAAUACAUAGAGUUUUUUUAUGGAAAUGGAGACACUAAGAUUGUUACUCUCUUAGGAAUAUUAAAGUUGAAAGAAAUAUAUUAACCCAGCUGGGAGACUGGGAAAGCGAUAUAUGAAUUAAAAUAUUUACUUAUGUAUAUUUAAUUCUACAGUUCAGAUUUGUGCCUUAAUUUAUUGUGUUAUUGAAAAGAAUUUUAUCUUAAUACUCUUUCAAAAUGUAAGGUUAUAAAAGUAUACUGGUUUCACUAUUAAUGUCGUUACGUAAUGGUUCAGUAGUCUGUGAUUAUGCAAAGGACCAGAAGGAAAUACAAUGAUAGUCAUAAAUAUUAACUUACUGUCAUAUGGUGAUUUGUUUAUUCAGAGUAAUUUGAAUAUUUUUUAAAUCAAUUAAUUAUGUCAGAUUUGUUUCAAACUUCUCUGUAAACUGGAAUCAGUAAAAUGUUUUACAAAUCCUA